UCCAGGGGUCGAAAAAACGCCACCAAAUCGUUAUAAUGCUACUCAAUUUUUUUGCAGACGCAUAAUUUUCACCGCAAAGCCGAAACUAAAGUGCAGAAAUCGUGUUAAAAAAGUGCAACAAACGGCAGCUAAACAAGUAAGCAACGCAGGCGUUUGAAAAACAAUUUAAAAAAGCCGACAGAAAGCCGGAAAUAAACGUGAAAACCCACACAGCGGCUUUUGUGAAAAACUCGCCCCUUUCGACUAUUGAAUUUUCAACUCGUGCGGGGCUAGAAAAAAAAAAGUGUAAUCCGGCACAGGAUCGUAUUAUAUAUAUUGUAGGACAAUCCGAGAUGAGCGAGUUCCAGACGCAGCAGACGAGCAUCAGUCAAUCGCAGGCACUCGCGCAGGCAAUUCAGCGUGCCAAGCAGAUUGCGGCCAAGAUCCAACCGAACCAGCAAGGCGGAGCUACAGUGGGUCCAUCGCCACCGGCGGUAGGCGCAGGAGGAGCACCCAGCUUCAAGCGUCACAACGACGACGGUGACAGCGGUCCAGACUGCAAGCGCUCUUUCGGAAGUCCCGAGUACGGCAACAACAGCUCCAACAUGAGCAGCGGCAGCGGCGGCGGCGGAGGUGGAGGAAGCGGAGGCCAGGGCGGAGCCAGCAUAACCCAGGCAAUUGCCCAAGCGGCGGCGGUGGCCGCUCGACUGGCCGCCUCUGCAGGAACCAGCUGCGAGGAACAGAUCCGGCUGCCCGACUCGGUAGCCGGCGCCUUCAUGGGCCGGGCCAGCAAUGACACCAUCACACACCUCCAGGCGGAGUCCGGUGUAAAGGUACAGGUCAUGCAGGAUCAGGAUCGCGUGAUCAUGCUGCGUGGCCAGCGUGAUACGGUCACCAAGGGACGCGAGAUGAUCCAGAACAUGGCCAAUCGGGCCGGCGGCGGUCAGGUUGAGGUGCUACUCACCAUCAACAUGCCGCCACCGGGACCCAGCGGCUAUCCGCCGUACCAGGAGAUCAUGAUCCCGGGCGCCAAGGUCGGCCUGGUUAUCGGCAAGGGCGGCGACACCAUUAAACAGUUGCAGGAGAAGACCGGCGCCAAGAUGAUCAUCAUUCAGGACGGGCCGAACCAGGAGCUAAUCAAGCCGCUGCGCAUUUCCGGCGAGGCGCAGAAGAUAGAGCACGCCAAGCAGAUGGUGCUCGAUCUGAUAGCCCAGAAGGAUGCCCAGGCCCAGCAGCAGGGCGGCCGAGGCGCUGGUGGCGGCGGCGGAGGUGGUGGCGGUGGUCCUGGCAUGGGAUUCAAUAACUUCAACAACGGCAACGGCGGCGAAAGCGUCGAGGUCUUUGUGCCCAAGAUCGCUGUGGGCGUGGUUAUUGGCAAGGGCGGCGACAUGAUCCGGAAGAUCCAAACCGAGUGCGGCUGCAAAUUGCAGUUCAUCCAGGGAAAGAACGACGAGAUGGGCGAUCGGAGGUGCGUGAUUCAGGGCACUCGGCAGCAGGUCGAGGAUGCCAAGCGCACCAUUGAUGGACUUAUUGAGAAUGUUAUGCAACGCAACGGUAUGAACCGAAAUGGAAAUGGAGGAGGCGGUGGAGGUGGCCAAGGAGGUGGUGACUCCGGCAACUCCAACUACGGCUAUGGAUACGGCGUGAAUCACGCCCAAGGUGGACGGGAGGAGAUCACAUUCCUAGUACCCGCUUCUAAAUGUGGAAUUGUAAUUGGUCGAGGUGGCGAGACCAUCAAGCUGAUCAACCAGCAGUCUGGAGCCCACACCGAAAUGGAUCGCAAUGCCAGCAAUCCGCCCAACGAGAAGCUCUUCAAAUCCAAGGGCACCACCGACCAGGUGGAGGCAGCCCGGCAAAUGAUCUCCGAGAAGAUAAACAUGGAGCUGAACGUCCUUUCCCGGAAGCCCAUCGGCGGUGGAGGUGGCGGCGGCUCCGGCGGUGGUGGUGGAAACUCUGGCGGUGGCCAGAACAACUCGCACCAUAACCAGCAACAGGGCGGCUAUGGUGGCCCCAAUCAAAUGCAGGGCGGUGAUCCAAACUCGGGAGGAGGCUAUCCGCAGCAACAACAGCAGUGGGGCGGACCCUAUGGUCAGCAGGGAUGGGAUCCGUCCGGACAGCAGCAGCAACAGCAGCAGCAAAUGGCCAUGGCAGCCAAUCAAGGAGGAGCCGCUGCGGCGGGAGGUGCAGCUGGUGGGCAGGACUACUCAACACAGUGGAUAGAGUACUACAAACAAAUGGGAUGCCAUCGAGAGGCUGAAAUGAUCGAGCAGCAAAUGAAGGCCAAGCAGGCGGGCGGCUCCUCGGGACCUGUGCAGCCACAACAACCGCAGCAGCAGCCUCAACAGCAGCAGCAGCCACAGCAACAAGCAGGCGGCGGAGGUGCCGGAGGUGCUGACUACAGUGCCCAGUGGGCGGAGUACUAUCGCAGUGUGGGCAAGAUCGAAGAAGCCGAGGCCAUCGAAAAAACGUUAAAGAACAAGCCACAGAAUGGAGCACCAGGUGGCCAGAGCAAUGCGCCCAAUCCCAGCCAGGGUGGACCCAAUCCCGGCCAGCAGCCAAAUCCCGCUGCAGCGGCGGCAGCAGCAGCGGCUGCAGCAGCAGCAGCCGGCGGAUAUGGACAGAGCAUGACUCCCAGCCAGUACGCACAGUACUCGCAGUAUUAUGCAGCGGCGGCUGCAGCUGGUGGCCAGCCGCAGGGAGCGCCUCAGCCCGGUGGAGGGCAAGGCGGUGGACCGCCCGCUGGCUAUCCCGGCGGUUAUCCGGGCGCUGGAUACGGUGGUUACCCUGGCGCGCCGGGCCAGCAACAGCAGAAAUCGCACAAAAACGACAAACACUGAGGACGUUCGGAGGGAUCGGGAACGGGGGCGGGGAGGAGAUGCAUGUGGGAGUGGAAGCGGACGCCGAAGUGGAAGAUGCUGCGGUCGGAGGGCGAUGCAGGUGCCUUGCAUGGGUGAUCUAUUGUUCUACUAUGUCCUAUGUCUUUUAUCCCCCACAAAACUAGCAAAUCAGAACAGAAAAGCAAAAGCAAAUGAUUUUUAAUUGCAAUAACAGCAGCAAAAGCCGAAGCAUCAGCAGACAGACAACACACGGUAGAAUGGAGGCGGAGGUCAGAGGUGACAGGAGGAACCGGAUCCAUCAGCCAAUCAAUCGGAGAGUGAAACAUUGAACGUUUAGCUUGUGGCGUCGAACUUUUGUAAAUGUAAAUUAAUAUGAUUAACACUGUCUAUUAUUUGGAUAUUGCCUAUAAUUUCUCCAAUAGUUUGUAAGCGAUUUCCCUGAGAACCUAAGUAUAUAUAUAUAUCUAUAUUUAUAAACUCAAUCAAACGAAAGAUAAUGCUCUUGCUGUUCAUGAUCACUACUUGCACAGACACGCUAAGAGAAGCCAAUUGAAUCCGUUUUGGGUGUUUUGUUCUUUUUUGUUACACAUCUGCAUAUGUCUCUUGCAUAUGUUAUUUCUUUCACCGUCAAUUCAGGCAAACGAUCCGCAGCUGGGGUUAAACUCUUGAAAGAUACCCUUUCUGAAAAUUCUCAAUUGCAAUAACUGAAAUACUAUUACGUUAGCAAAAGUACUGCAAACCUAUCGAUAAAUUCAUAAUACCUCCUUGAUACUAUCGAUAAUGAAAGUAAAAUUUAUACAUCGAUAGUUAAGCAGCUCUAUUUAAUAACAUACGCAUAUAUUUACAACAUAAAAGAUAACGAAAUUUUUUUAUACAUGAACCCAUUUUCACGUACUUAGCUUAGCAUAGUUUUAAUAAGAAUCAUUUUAACAAAAGAUGAUGGACAUUUGCACUUGAUCUUCUAUGUCUGCUGAUCUGGUAAGAUUUCAAAACAUUUAAUAGAACCGUUUAUAAAAUUUGCGAAAAGUAAGGGCCUGGUGUAAAGGUGUUCUUGUUAAUUGAGCUUUUUUGAAAUUUUGCAUAACAAUAUUUUCACCUUUCAGUUGUGGAGUCCCCAUUAUAUCAUUUUCGUAGCAGUAAGCAAAAAAUGAAUUGACUUAUAAAUUAUUUCCUGCUCUAUAUUUGUAUAUUUGCAAUCCCAAACUUGGUAGAAACAUAUGCCUAAUAUUUACAUUUAAAGAACUUAUUUAGGAACAGGAUAAUCAUGCCUGUAUUAAUAUCUUUAUCACCAAAUGCAAACAUAAAGUAUGUACUUUCAGAGGCCGCUCUUCAGACCAAUUCAUAACAGAAUUUCGAAAUCAAACCCCAAAACUUUUUCACACUAAAACAAACAAAUACUUGAAGAAAUACAAACCACAUAUUAUAAAAGUGUCAAACUUGGUAAGAUCGUGUGUUGUUAUUACUGUCUAUUCAAUUAUACAUAUUGCAAUGAAAACAAUGAAAACAUACCCAAAUGAAUGUAGGUCUACCAUAAUUUAUAAACAUAACUUUGACAUAUAAUCUAAACUAAGUUUUACGUCUCCCCGAAUAUCUGAUUGUUGCAACAGCAGAUGAACCAUAUUGUAACCGUUGUUUGGCUAGGCAGGCUCAGAUCGGGUUCCGAUCCAGAUCCUGAUCCGUCCUCCAGUCGGCAAAGCAUUGAAUAAACAUUUAAUAUACCGUAUA